ACAACCUGCAGAGCUGUUUUCCUGUACAUGAUCUACACUGGAGCGUCUGGGCUUCGCCUGGGCAUCAGGCCGUACUGACACCCAGCGAAAUGAUAUAUGUUAUAAUGGGAGUGUCUGGCUGCGGAAAGACAACACUAGGGGCCUUCCUGUCGCACAAGCUCGGGUGGCCGCUGCACGAGGGAGAUGACUUUCACCCGCGGGAAAAUGUUGAGAAAAUGGCUCGUGGGGAGCCUCUGACUGACCAGGACAGACUGCCUUGGCUGCUGAAACUGCAUGCUGUCAUUCAAAGGGAGAGGUCUUCAGGGGGUGAUGCCAUCAUGGUGUGUUCAGCUCUGAGGCGACUUUACAGGCAGGUUCUGCUGUUUGGCUCCGAGGCCCUGACCURCAGCUCGGACACAGCAGGCCUGCACAUGUGCAGCCUGCCCGGCGUCUGGUUCCUCUUCCUGUACGGGACAUAUGAUCUGAUCCAUGCAAGGAUGGUGGCCCGGAGGGGACAUUUCAUGCAGCCUGGUCUCCUGCGCUCUCAGUUUGAUGUUCUGGAGCCACCGGCGGAAGAGGAGAACACGUUGCUGCUUGAUAUUCGGAGGAGCACGGAUGACAUCUGCAGGGAGAUACAGGAGCAUCUCCGCCAACUUUCAUAACCAGRGAUCAUGAUCAUGGACUCUCAAAUCAAAGACAACAUACUGGACUGCACUGUGUGYUACAAAACAAUUACAUAUCAUGUCAGACUUUUAUAUUAUUUUAUUUUACAAAGCACAAUAAAUCCGUUUCUGAUUAUAUGACACAUGCUA